CUGGCUCAACUUUAGCCACUUAUCUUCAUGGCUCUCUUACGCAUCUAGAUUGAUACGGCUUCCCCCGAUUCGUACACGCCCCUAGAACUUGGCAUCCAUCCGGAAGCGCCUUUCCAUUCACCCCUAUCCUAGGUAUUCAACGCAACAGGAGCAACGGCCUAGGAAAUGCGAUUUGCGACCCGCCACUAUUCGGCGGCACUGACGACCGCGCUCGCGUUAUCGGCGGCGGUUUCCGCACGGCGUUACCCGGACUCGGACGCGGGCUCGGGCCAGAAGCAGAAGGUCAUGUCCGGUAGCGGGAGAGGGGAUGCGGGAAGUAACCCGCUAGAUGACGACUUCGCCGCUUUUGCGCGGGCGGCGCUCGACCGCUGGCAUGUCCCCGGUAUAGCGGUUGCGGUGGUUGACAGGGAGGAGACUUGGACUGAGGGCUACGGCAUCUCCAGCUUCCCCUCAACCCCUGUAACGCCCUCAACGCUGUUCUACGGCGGCAGCACGACGAAGGCGUUCACGGCGGCCAUAGUGUCAUUACUCAUCGCCUCGGGCGAGCACUCGGUCUCCCCCUCCGGCCCGCUUAGCUGGCGAACGCCGCUCGCGCAGCUCCUCGGCGACGACUUCGUCCUAGCCCCGGAAUACGACUGGGCCGCGGCACACCUGACGCUCGAGGACGCGCUGUCGCACCGCACGGGGUUCCCACGCCACGACAAGGCGCUCGGGCGCCAGUACGGCGCCGACGCGCAUGCGGCUACCGUGCGCGACGUCGCGCGCAGCUUGCGGUACCUGCCCAUGGUGAGCGAGCCGCGCGUCGAGUGGCGGUACUGCAACGUCAUGUACAUGGUGGUAUCGCACGCCGUGCAGGUCCUGACGAACGAGUGGUUGGGCGACGUGAUGAGGGAUCGGAUAUGGGCGCCCUUGGGUAUGAAUGAUACGUUUUUGAGCGUGGAGGAGGCGAUAAGGGAGGGGAGGGUGGUGGCGGAUGGGUAUUAUUGGGAUUAUAAGGGGGAGAGGGAGGGGAAGGGAAAGGGGGGGUUUGUGGAGGUUCCGAAGUUGGGGUUGGGGUUGGCGAGUGGGGCUGGGGGUGUGGUGAGUAAUGUUGGGGAUUAUGCUAGGUGGGUUCGGUGUUUGAUUAGGGGUGAUAGGGAGGGAGAUGGGGAUGGGUGUACGGUCUUGCCCAAGGAGGCACAUCGCGAGUUGAAAAAGGUGAGGAUUGUGCAGGGGCCGGAGAGUAAGAAGGGGUAUGAUGCUCCGCUGGCGUAUGGGCUUGGUUGGGAGGUCGGGACGUAUAAGGGGCAUAGGUUGUUCAAGCAUAGCGGGGGUAUGGAGGCAUACGGCGCUUUGGUAUAUUUCUUCCCGGACUUGGAGUACGGUGUCGUGACGCUUGCCAACACCGCUGUGACGAGCAAUAUUGUGGGACAGGAGCUCAUUUGGAAAUUGGUCGAUGAUAAAUUGGGAAUUCCAAAGGAGGAUCGGUACGACUGGGCUGGCUUGGGAGAUAAAACGAUACAAAAAGCACUCAAGCAACCCGAAACCGCGGUUGAAGAGCUAUAUCCAGAACGUGCGAACCCGCCGCUACCUCGCACGCUUCCGCUCCAAGAGUAUGUCGGGGUUUACUCCCAUCCGGCGUAUCAGAACAUCACUAUCGAGUUAGUCGAUGGAACUGAUACUCCAGCUGCCAAAGGCUCAGCAAAAACGGAAAGGAAGGGAGCCGAAUUGAAGGCUAAUCGUGGAAACAUGGAGUGGCAGAUGAUGUUCGAGUUCAUCCACGUCUCGGGCGAGUUCUGGGCCGUGGUCAUCGAUAUGCUGAACACGCCCAACUCUCUCAACGGACAGCUGGCCCGCGCCGAGUUCGUGGUUGGCGUUAAGGGAAAAGUAGAUAAGCUGGAGAUGGAAUUCUUGGAAGACGGGAGUGAGGGCAUUGUUGUGUUUGACAGGGUUGCUUGAAAUACUGCUGGUGACAGAUCUAUAUUGUAGGAGUUGGUAGCGUUAUAUAAACGAAUGCUUUACAGCAAAAUGGAGCUACCUCUUUCAAGAGUGAACUUCAAAAACAAUGUCUGAUAUUGUAUCGUCAACUAGUGCUUAUGAGGCUUAUGAAAUGGACCUCGACAU